AUGAAACUUCGCGACCUCAGGCCUCUAUUGAUAUACUCCCAGACAUAUUCUCUAGGCUGCCAGUCGCUCUUUUUUGUGAGCUGUACAGAGGCAUCAAUAUUUGAAGUCAUCUUUGGCUCAGCUGGUGAGCAAUCAGUGAUCGAUGUUUUGGAAUGGACAGAAGGUUAUUCAAUCUGUGAUCGAUAUGUGUAG